AUGGUGGGGUCUGGGAUCCCAGCUUUGAGCCUCUUCUUGCUGAUACAAGGCUCAGUAGAUGGGAAUGGAAUCCAGGGGUUUUUCUAUCCAUGGAGCUGUGAGGGAGACAUAUGGGACCGGGAGAGCUGUGGGGGUCAAGCAGCACUUGAGAACCCCAAUCUCUGUCUGCGUCUGCGAUGCUGCUACCGAGAUGGGGUCUGCUAUCACCAGCGGCCGGACGGUGAGUGGAAGCUGGGGUCCCCGGGGUGGGGGCUUACAGCUGGGAUCCCUGGGUCUCAAAGCUCCAAACUUUGUUCAGAAAACAUGCGGAGGAAGCACAUGUGGGCGUUGGGCUGGACAUGCGGAGGCCUCCUCUUCCUGAUCUCCAGCAUCUGCUUGUUCUGGUGGGCCAAGCGCCGGGAUAUGCUGCACCUCCCAGGGUUCCUACAGGACAAAUGCAACCUGUCCAGGACUGUGUCUCUGUUAUCCAAGGACCGGGGAACUCUGAGCGAAAAGAAGGGAUCCAUGGGCAGCACGCAAGCCUCCAUGCCUUUGGAGGGGACCCUGGACAUCUCAGGGGCCACUGAAGGGGAAGGGACAGAAGGGGGCGAAGAAACGGAAGGUGGGGAGGACGAUGAUUAGGGGCACCCCUGGGGGGACCCCUCAAUACAGAUAUAGCACACAGACACCUGAUCUCUUUUCUGGGAGCCAUGGGAGCAGGAGGCAGAUAUGACCUUGAGGCAGGGAGUGUGUGUGUGUGUGUGUUUGAGUGACAGGGAGCUGGACUGUGAUCAUGGAGCAUGUGAGCUGAGUGGGUAGAAUGAGAGGGGUCUGAGGGUAAGUAGAGAGGAUCUGAGCUGAGGGGUACCUGGGCAGAUGGGGGCCCCAGGCUGAUUGAGGGGGACUGGGCUGUGAUUAUGGGGUGUUGGGACUGAGGGGGUCUGAAAUGAGGGAUGAGGGUGUCAAGUGGGGGUAGCCUGGGCUUGAUGGGGCUGAGAGGGCAGCUAGGCUGAGGGAUGCCUGAAC